GCGGGAGAGGGAUAGACCCAGUGCUCUGCGUCCCCGUCUUCGUUCGUUUCCACCCCCCCCCCCCCCCCCUUCCCAUAAGAGCGAAGCCGCGGAGGAGGCUUUACGAACAGACGAAGCAUUAGCCCCCAAAGCCAAGCACCCACAAACCCAGGCGAUAGCGAGCGCGCCAAGGCGACGACGCGCGAGCGCGAGGCGGGGGCGUGGGGAGCCAGCCCGCCCCCAAUCCCGGGAGAGAAAGCUCCCGGCGCCGCGCGUGGGGGUUCGCGGGAGCUCGCCGCCGGCGACCGAGCCUCCGCCGCCGCGGAUCUCCCGAUCUGAGGUGCCGCGCGUCAAUUCCCCGCAGGGUUUUGCGGCACCGGCGACGGAUAUGAGCGUGGAGAGCCCCGGGGAGCAAGGGUUCUGAAGCGCGGCCGUGUGUCACAGCGUGGCGGACGGCGGGCCCCGGCAGCAACCUAGGUUUUCCAUGGGAGAUGGGGGAGUCGCGUGCGCCGUCCGUGCAGUCGAGGGCUUCGGUGCCAGCGCCCUCGUGAGGAGAGGAGGAGCGGGAGAAGCGAUGCCGGACAAGGGGGAGAAAGGCCACGGCCACCAGCACCAGCAACAUCACCAGCAGCACCGGAAGAGCCAGCAGCCGGCGUCAGCUGCCGAGCUGGAGGAGGGGGAGCUGCUCAAUGGGGAGCCUGAGACGAACGGGCUGCCCGAGAGGAGCAUGCCACCUAAGAAGUGGCGGAAGGUGCUGGCGGCCUCGACGGCUGCUGCAGAGGUGGAGCCUGGGGAGAUUGUCAGUACCAAGCAAGCGGUGCCGUUGAAGAAGGCAAGGAGGAACGGGGAGGUUGAGAAGGGGGAGUUGGUGCCGGAGCGCCAGAGGAAGGACAGGUCUUCCGGGAAGAGCGCCAGCACCAGCGCCACCGCCAGGAAGUCGAGCAAGGAUGAGGUGGAGCCAGGGGAGAUUGCACUGCCUGAAAAAAGGCGGGAUAGCAAGUCCCAACGAGGCGAUGAUAAUGGCAGGAAGCCAAGUUCAUCUGUCCAGAAAGGCUCCUUGCGGGACUCUGAUGAAGAGCCUGGUGAAAUUAAGCCAGAGAGCAGCAGCACUGGUAGUGCAAGGAAGAGCCGGCCGACAGAGCCUCAGAGCAUUAAUCACAAGCACCAAGCUGACACCUCUGACCAAUCAGGGUCAAAAAAUCGCAGGAAGGAAGAAGGGAGGAGUUCGUCUGCUGGGAGACAUUUGUCUGGGAGAAAUCGUGAGGUCUCACCGCUAACGCGGGACCGACAUGAUAGGCACGAGAGGAGCCCAGGAAUCUUGGGCCGUUUUCCUCAUGAUCGAUUCCGUCAUGACAGGUACGACAGGAGCCCGAGCCGCUUGGAGCGCUCUCCACAUCGAGAGCGUGCUCGUUAUUACGAUAGCAGAGACCGCAGUCCAUACAUUUCACCUCGUCAUAGAGCUCGUCAGCCCCACUUCAGGGAUAGCACGCCAAGUCGUGUUGAUAAUUCCCCUCGUGGGAGGGCUCAGCAUGAGAAUUUCAGAGACCGUAGUCCAUUUCGUCAUGACAGAUCACCUUCUGAACGUUCUCGGGCUACUGACAGCCAUGAAGCAAUCAAGAAGAACAGAAACUGCAGCAGCUCAGAAAAACCACAGCACAAGAGCAAAUCAACGAAGCAAUCUUCAAAGACCAAGAGUGGUAGCAAUGGGAAGACCAAUGAGAAAAUUUCAAAAGAAAAGGCAACUGAGAGCACUCACACUGAGCUGCCACCGCCACCCCCACUACCGCCGCCGCCGCCUCCACCGCCGCCACCUCCACCUCUGCCACCUGUCGUACCACCUCCAUUGCCUCCACCACCAGAACCGGAGCCAAAUGGAGUUCUUGCAGAAGAUAUGAUAGAAGACAUGGAUAUCUGCGACACCCCACCUCACACUAGCGCGGCACCUGAACCCGCUGAACCAAUUUGUGAUAUAGGGAGGUGGUUUUAUCUUGAUCACUUCGGUAUCGAGCAAGGACCUUCCAAGCUUGCUGACUUGAAGAAACUGGUGGAAGAUGGAUAUCUUCUUUCUGAUCAUCUGAUAAAACAUGCUGAUAGCAAUCGAUGGGUGACUGUUGAGAAUGCAGCUUCACCACUGGUCCCAUCCGACUUCCCCUCUUUAUAUUCAGAUGCUUCAACACAACUGGUUAGCCCACCAGAAGCUCCAGGAAAUUUGCUUGAUGAAGCUCUGGAGGCGGCUUCUAACUUGGCAUCAGGUGCUGAGGAUAAACAAAUGGAGGAAGCUUGUGGAGAACAUAGUGAAGAUUUCUACAUUGAUGAUAGAGUUGAAGCACUGAUGGAUGGAUCAAUUUUGGUACCUGGCCAGGAGCUCGAGAUCAUUGGAGAGCUUUUAGGUGCAAAUUUUAAACCUGCUGAUUGGGAAAGAUGGAGUCGACCUGAAGAUUUUAGGAGGUUCCAAAUACAUCUUGGAGGAGAUGAUGGGAUCAAUAGAGGCACAGAAUUCCUAGACAACAGACCAACAGACACUUACGGCCUGGUUUCUGUGGAGAAGAACAACUUUCACCAUCAUGUUGAAUCUAGCGAAUGGUUUUCUGGGAGAUGGUCUUGCAAAGGUGGUGACUGGAAGAGAAAUGAUGAAUUGAGCCAAGAUAAUCCAUUCAGGAAAAAACUUGUUCUCAAUGAAGGCUAUCCUCUGUGUCAAAUGCCAAAAGGUAGCCAUGAGGAUCCUCGCUGGCACCGCAAGGAUGAGCUAUACUACCCUGUACGUGCUAAAAAGCAUGACCUACCGUUUUGGGCAUUCUCAUCGACAGAAGAGGACACUGACAGUGCCAGUGACACCUGUAAAAGUGUUGUGUCUGGGAGGCCAGGUCAGAGCAGACAACCUCCUAGGGGAGUGAACGGGAUGAUGCUUCCAGUGGUUAGGAUAAAUUCUCGUGUUGUUAAAGACCAAUCAUCUGUUAAAGACCAAUCAUCUGUUGAACCCCGUACAAAACCCAGAGGAGCCGAUCGGCCACUGUCUAGAUCUUCACGCUCCCAUUCAAUUGGGACUGAGAGAAGUUCUGUCCAUGAAGGUUCAUCGCAUUUCAAGAAGCAUCAUGACCAUGAUUCCCAAGGUUUGCACAAAUCCAAGUCUGUUCCAAACAUUCCAAAGGACCGUGUAUGUACUGCUGAUGAAUUGUCAGUUAAUCGGGGUGACUGGUAUUACCUUGAUGGCACUGGGCAUGAGCAUGGUCCAUUUUCUUACUCCGAAUUGCAAGAAUUAGUUAAAAAGGGCACUAUUGUUGAACGGAGCAGUGUUUUCCGUAAGAUUGAUAACACAUGGUUUCCUGUACUUAAGGAUUUAAAACCUCUCUGCUCUGUACCUAGUGUGGCACAAAGUUCCAAUUCUACCGCUGCUCAUAUGCAGUCAGAUCAAUAUAAUGUUGGUGUGAAUAAAGGAUCAGGUUGCUUCCAUGAGUUGCACCCCCAGUUUGUGGGUUACACACGUGGUAAAUUGCAUGAAUUAGUCAUGAAAUAUUUCAAGAGCAGGGAACUUACUUUAGCUAUAAACGAGGUCUUGGAUCCUUGGAUUUCAACAAAGCAGCCCAAAAAGGAAUUUGAAGCAUAUUUUUCUCACAAUUCAGCAUCUAGGAAUUUCCUGCCAGAAGAUGGUGGGUCUACAAAAAGGGCAAAGUUGCUGCCUGACCAAAGUGAUGAAGAUAUUCACUUGUCGGAUGACAUUCUUGCCAGUCGGAAGGAGGAUAUUUGUUUUGAAGAGUUAUGUGCUGGAUCUGCUUCUGUCGAUGACGAUUCUGUGAAUCCUAGCACAGAAAAUGGAAGUUGGGGUCUCCUAAAUGGCAGUGUGUUAGCAAGAAUCUUCCAUUUUAUGAGGGCAGAUGUGAAGUCACUUAUUUCUUCUGCAGCUACCUGCAGGAGCUGGAAUGCUGCUGCCAAGUAUUACAGGAACAUGUGUAGAUUUAUUGAUCUGUCUUCUGUUGGCGCUCUUUGCACUGAUUCUGUGUUUUGUGAUAUUAUGGGUGGUUAUGUGAAGCAAAAUAUUAGGACUCUUGUUUUAACUGGGUGUUCGAAUCUUAGCUCCCAUACCCUUGGCAAAGUACUUGAGCAGCUUCCGCACAUAUCUUUUGUGCACAUCCAAGGUUGCAAUCAUCUAGGGGAUCUGAAAAAUAAAUUUCAGCAUGUAACAUGGAUCAGGAGCUCGUUGAGUUCUGAGGAGUCACACCAGAAAACGAAAACCAUGAAGCAGAUAAGUGAUGGGAACAACUACCCAUCGAAAGUUUCAAGGAACUUUACUAAUCAGCUGGACGGUUCUGAUGAGCUUGAUGGUUAUUUUGCUGAUAUUUCAAAUAGAGAGAAUGCUAAUCUUUCAUUUGGACAAGGUUUCUACAAGCGAUCAAAAUUGCUUGAUGCUAGAAAGUCCUCUGCCAUUUUGUCAAGAGAUGCACAAAUGAGGCGUUUGAUGCAGAGGCAGGCUGAGAACAGCUACAGGAAGAUGCAAGAAUUUGUCAUAAACAGACUCAGAGAAAUCAUGAAGAGUAACAGAUUUGAAUUUUUCAUUCCAAAGGUUGCUAAGAUCGAAGUUAGGUUGAAAAAUGGGUAUUAUGCUCGCCAUGGCUUUCAUACCAUCAAGCAUGACAUCCGUUCUAUGUGCCAAGAUGCAUUGAGAUACAAAGAUGGGAAUGAUUCGGGAGAUAUAAAGCAAAUUGUUGUCUCCUUCAUACAGCUAGCCAAGAGGCUAGGGAACCCAAGGUUCAUUUCUGAGAGAAAUGGAGCAGCAGCCCAGGACAGCCUGGAUAUUAGUCAGUAUUCGUCUGACACAAAACUCAAAAAGAAACAAAACAAAAUGAGGGGAGCAAAUUCGGUAGCUGUUGGAGUAGAUCCAUCUCGUGCAUUUGAUCGGGAAAUCAAAAGAAGCCUAUCUAAAUUAAAGAAAAAGAAUGUCGACUCUGGUAGUGAAACAUCUGAUGAUGAUGAUGGCUAUUCUGAAGGUGAUGAAACUGAGAGUGAAACUACUGUUUCUGAUACCGAGAGUGACGUAGAUGUACAUUCCGGAGCAUGGGAUUUAAAGGGAAAUAGUCUAAAGUUACUCGAACCCAGCGAAUCCGUGACUGAUGAUCGUAUCUUGGGUGGCCGCAUGACAAAAGCCAGCCUUGUUCCUCCAGUUACUAGGAAGUAUGAAGUUAUCGAGGAGUACCUUAUUGUAGCAGAUGAGGAGGAAGUACAACGAAAAAUGCGGGUUGCUUUACCUGAUGACUAUUCUGAGAAGUUGCUCUCGCAGAAGAAUGGCACUGAAAACUUGGAGCUUCCAGAGGUUAAGGAUUAUCAGCCUAGAAAAGUACCAGGAGAUGAAAUUCUUGAGCAAGAAGUAUAUGGCAUAGAUCCAUACACACACAAUCUACUGUGUGACAUUAUGCCUGCUGAUCUUGACUUGUCACCUACUGACAAGCAUAUCUUUAUUGAGGAGUUGCUUCUGAACACGUUGAAUAAGCAAGUUAGGCAUUUCACUGGUUCGGGAAAUACCCCUAUGACUUACAAUCUCAGGCCUGUCAUUGAAGAAAUCCAAAGGUCUGCAGAGGAAUGUGGUGACAGACGAGCUUCGAAGAUGUGCUUGGGAAUGCUGAAGGCCAUGAGGAAUCGUCCUGAUCAGAACUGUGUUGCUUAUAGAAAGGGUCUUGGUGUUGUCUGUAACAAAAAAGGUGGAUUUGGUGAAGAUGACUUUGUUGUUGAGUUCUUUGGGGAGGUUUACCCUUCUUGGAGAUGGUAUGAAAAGCAAGAUGGUAUCAAGCAUAUACAAAACAACAGUGAAGAUCAAGCUCCUGAGUUUUACAACAUUAUGUUAGAAAGGCCAAAGGGAGACCGAAAUGGAUAUGACUUGGUUUUUGUUGAUGCAAUGCACAAGGCCAACUAUGCAAGUAGGAUCUGCCACUCCUGCAACCCGAACUGUGAAGCAAAAGUGACAGCUGUGGAUGGGAAAUACAUGAUUGGAGUUUACACUCUUCGACCAAUUGCAGAAGGCGAGGAAAUCACAUUUGAUUACAAUUCUGUAACUGAGAGCAAAGAAGAACACGAAGCUUCGAUCUGCCUUUGUGGAAGUCAAGUAUGCCGGGGCAGCUAUUUAAAUUUUUCCGGUGAAGGAGCUUUUGAGAAGGUGUUAAUGGAUUUCCAUGGUGUGCUCGAUCGGCAUAGCCUGCUGCUACAGGCGUGUGAAGCAAACUCUGUCUCUCAACAAGACUUAUUCGACUUGGGUAGAGCUGGUCUUGGUACCUGUUUGCUUGCUGGUUUACCUGGAUGGCUUGUUGCUUACACGGCUCACCUGGUGCGGUUUAUAUACCUCGAGAGACAGAAACUCCCUGAUGAGAUCUUGAAGCACAAUGUGGAGGAGAAGCGCCAAUUCCUUAUAGACAUAAACAUGGAUUCUGAGAAGAAUGAUGCUGAGGUUCAGGCAGAGGGAGUUUUAAAUUCAAGAUUACAGCAAAUAGUGCAUACACUUGACAAGGUGAGAUAUGUUAUGAGAUGCAUAUUUGGGGACCCAAAGAAUGCUCCUCCUCCUCUAGUAAGGUUGACUGGGAAAAAUCUAGUAUCUGCCAUCUGGAAAGGGGACUGUUCAAUAGUUGCUGAACUCCUUCAGUCGAUGGAACCUCAUGUUGAAGAGGAGGUACUUAGUGAUCUCAAGGCCAAAAUUCGUGCUCAUGACCCUUCGGACUCUGAAGAUAUUGAGGGAGGCAUCCGGAAUUCUCUCCUAUGGUUGCGUGAUGAGUUGCGUACUCUUUCAUGCACUUACAAGUGCCGUCAUGAUGCUGCUGCAGAUUUGAUUCACAUGUAUGCUUAUACGAAGUGUUUUUUCAGAGCACGGGAAUAUAAGACAGUAAAAUCUCCACCGGUUCAUAUCAGUCCGCUUGACUUAGGUCCCAAAUAUGCUGAUAAACUGGGACCAGGCUUCCAGGAGUACUGCAAGACAUACCCAGAAGAUUACUGCUUAGCCCAGCUUAUCUAUUGGUAUAGCCAGAAUUCAGAACCUGAAUCUAGAUUGACAAGAGCUAGAAAAGGUUGCUUGUCUUUACCAGAUGUCUCGUCCUUCUACGUGAAGUCUGCAAAGCCAGGACAAGAGCGAGUUUAUGGCAACAGGACCGUGAGAUUCAUGUUAUCACGCAUGGAAAAGCAGGCACAGAGACCAUGGCCGAAGGACAGAAUAUGGGUGUUCAAGAGCGACCCGAGAUUCUUUGGUAGUCCUAUGAUGGACGCCGUGUUGAAUAAUUCCCCGCUCGACAAGGAGAUGGUGCAUUGGCUCAAGACAAGACCAACCGUUUUCCUAGGCUAGUAAAAAGGAUUGUAGGCAGAGAAGAUGUCAUUUGGUUGUUUCUCCCUUUUGGAGAUUUUAGUCUACAGGAUUCUUUUUCCGACUCACACCUUCCUACCUGAUCAUGGGGAGUUUAGCUUUAGAUAGCAGGGUAACAGCCUCACCACCCCCAUCUGUACAUUCCCCUCUCCCUAGCUUCCUUGUAGAGAUGUAUUCUGUUAGUAACUGAUAGAUCGGUCAUUGAUUUAAUGUAGUGAAUUUUCCCCAUAGGAUUGGUCCCUCCUUUGUUUCAUGUAAAUGCAGAACAACUGCAAUCUUGAAUUUAGUAAUGUACUACAGAAUGUAGCUAGUGUGGUGCAUUUCUGCGGAUCA